AUGCCACGGGAAACAAAAGACAUCCUCAAAGAUCUUUGCAGCUUUAGUCUGUCAACAGCUGAUCCAAUGGACCGUCUGCCGCACGAUUGUUAUAUGAUCUUAGUUGGUCGUUUAAGAUCUAAAGGACAUCUUAACAAGCUUUUUGAAAUGAAUGAAUCACAAGGAAUUACCUCCGGUGGAGAUGAUGACCCAAAUCAGGCUGAAUAUGCAGUAUUGACGUCCGAAGAAGUCGAGUCUAUUCUCGAACAUGUAGUUUUAGAAGGCAGUACUGAGCAGCUAGAGAGGCAACGCAAAAGUCAUUUUGUCUUUGAAGAUAGUUUUAACACGUCAGUGCUUAAUAUGGUCGACACAAGCUCAUCGUAUGAAAAGCUUAAGAGAAUUUGUCGCAUAUAUGAAAUUCGUGAGGGCGUUAAUGUCGAUAAAGUGAUGGCUGAGCAUGAGAACCGUGUGGAGAAAUCCUAUUCGCAUUUUACCGAAAAAAAUUUACCGAGUGAUGAGGCUAAAGCUCUGGCUUUGAGCUUAUCUUUUUACACAGGUACAAGGAGCGAAGCAUGUAACCGUGGUGCCAGUCUGAUUGCUCGAAAAAGUAAUGGACAAGUUCUUGAUAAAGAUGUAGAGAAAGAAAUCAAUGAAGCAGCUAUUAUUCUGUAUUACAUGGUAAAAGCGCUCUCUUACAUACCAUUUUACUGGGGAUAUGUUACUAGAGCUUGUCAACUUACGAAUGAUGAAUUGAAUCUCUACGUACCCGGUAAUUUGAUUACUUGGAUUCAAUUUAGUAGUUCGAAAAAAGGAAAAAAAGUGGUGGAUUCAGACGCCUUCAAAUAUAGAAACACGCUUUUCAAAAUAUUUUCAUUGACGGGUCGUCCCAUCAAAGAAUUCUCGAAUUUUCCAGAAGAAGAUGAAGUUCUAUUUCUACCUCAUUCUACAUUUCUUGUUUUCAACCGUAAAGUACACUAUGAAGGUGGAGGAAAGCAAGUUAUUUACAUGCGACAAGUUGAACUUGGACUUUGCAAAUGGUCAGUGCUGUGGGUAGAUGAUAAGAUAUUUGAUGAAGGUUGGGAGAACAAGAAACAUAUGGAGUACGCAGCUGUCAAAGCGCUUGAUUUAAACGUUCAUUUUAUUCCGAAGUCAUCGACUGAAAGUGCUCUAUCCUUUCUAAGAUCUGCAUUUGGGCAGCGUUUGAAAAGCAAAGAAACAUUUCGCAUUGUUACAGAUAUGAAUCGUGAGAAUGAGGAACUAUCGCAAAACGCCGGUGCUCGACUAAUCAAAGAAAUAAGGCAGAUGGGCUUCAGAAACAAAUGCCUAGUUUUUACCAGUAGCAAGAAGGAUGCCCAAAGAAUUAUUGAAAGAGAACUUGAUUCAAGAGAACAACAACUUGUUGCGGUGUCUACUGCUACUGAAGACUUGAGGGACUUUGUGAAUUUUGAUCAAAAAAUUAUCAAAACUCAGCAGCCAAAUGAUGCAACACAUUAUAAAAAAAAUGCUUCACUCCAGUACACAACUAGUAAGCUGAAACGGUUACUGAAAAAUAUUAUUAACACUUAACAAGGUCAGAGAUGUCAAAGUAAAACAGCACGACCCCAUUAAGCUUUAGAGGCAUGACAGAAGUUCUAAAAACAAGAAUUGAGGAUUCUAUGCGAUAUAAUGUAUGUUCACUAUAAUCGAUAUGCUAAUUCUUAUCAGAAUUGUGUCAGUAGAUACAGAUUCACCUAAAAUUUUGCCCUAAAAGCUAGCCCGGUCAACUGCCGGUAGACCGGCCUGUGCGGUCCGGUCUGACCUUUUCAUACCGGUUCCAUCUCUGGUUGGCUUCCCAACACAAUUUAAUAAAAUUCAGUUAUGACAGGAGCAUUGAUGUACAAGAAAUAAAGGUAGAUAUCGGUCUGUUCCCGACGCGUUAAGUUUUCAAGCAGAGACGGUGCCGGCUGAGGUAUUUUUCGAAUUAUCAAUGGGAAAUUGCCGUAGUCCGCUCAGGACCAUGAAAAAAUUUCAAAGUUCAAAUUUGCAGUUGGAACUUUGUCUAUGUUAAGCACUCAAUGAGAAUAGUUAAUGCUAAAAAUUUCAGAUCUUUUGGUCUUAUUCUAGCUGCAAUACGGAUAUGAAAAACAUUAGAAAUAUUCUAUGCGCUAUCCUAUCAUAUGUUACUAAAAUAAAUGAUUCGCCAUUUUUCACAGAUUAAUUCAAAUGAGCUGAAACGUCUACAUUAGGGGUUUUUCGGCAUGGAUUUUCGCCGAAACACUUAAGUUAAUCGUUUCGAAACAAGUCACCAAUCUUUAUAGUGAGAAUCAGGCUCUAAAUUUGAUCUUUUGAGUCUUGUUUAAAAAAUUGUUGAUACCGAAGUUCAAAAUUCCUAAUUUUUGAAAGUAUUACUUGAUGUAUUUUAACGCGCUCUUUCAAAUAAGACCAGUCUAAUUGUCCAAUUUAUGUGAGAAUGCUUUCUAAAAAUGCUAUAUAAUACCAAGUAAAAUUCCUCUAAAAAAGCUGUUAGCGCAAUCCCUUACGGGAUUAAAAAUGUGAAACACGAUGGAUCUGUUGUUACUAACUAAAUGGAAAUCGUUUUGUUCCAUUUCUUUGCGAUACAUUUGUAGCU